CUAAGAAAGUCUCAGAUCGUAUUGCGGAUAUGGAAGGUCCAUUACUAAGAGAACUUAAUGAAGGUAUUGCCGUAUUUGUACAAGAAUUUGAUGAGUUUAAUCGAAACUUUGAAGCGAAUGGCCCAAUGAUAGAAGGAAUAUCUGCAAAAGAAGCUAGUGAACGGGUAUUCAUAUUUCAAAAUCGCUUUGAUGAACUUUGGCGUAAAUUUGAAAUGUACAGCAGUGGAGAAAAACUUUUUGGUUUACCAAUAACUGAUUACCCUUUAUUGCAUCAACGAAAAAGAGAAUUCAAUUAUUUGAAUCGCCUAUAUUCUUUAUAUAUCCAAGUUCUAAAAUCAAUUUCAGAUUAUUAUGAAAUGCCGUGGUCUGAUGUUGACAUCGAAAAAAUUAGCAUUGAGCUUGCGGACUUUCAGUUACGUUGUCGAAAGCUUCCUAAAGGUAUGCAAUCCUGGCCAGCUUAUAUUGACCUAAAAACAAAAAUAGAUGACUUUAAUGAAACUUGUCCAUUACUUGAAUUAAUGACGAAUAAGGCAAUGAAGGAGCGUCAUUGGGUGCGACUAAAUGCUCUUUUUAAGACUAACUUUGACCCAACAGAUCCAAAGUUUACUUUAGGAAAACUACUUGAUGCACCCAUAUUACAAUUUAAAGAAGAUGUAGAAGAUAUUUGUGUGGGUGCCGGUAAAGAAUUAGAUAUUGAAGCAAAGCUAAAACAAAUUAUUGCUGAUUGGGCGUUGUUAAAUUUACAAUUGGGCCAGUUUAGAAAUCGUGGGGAACUUACUUUAAAGGGAACUGAAACAUUGGCUCUUAUCAGUACUAUCGAGGAUAGUUUAAUGAUAAUGAACUCAUUAAGCUCUAACCGAUAUAAUGCUCCAUUCAAAAAAGAAAUACAGCUUUGGCUUUGGAAACUUGUAAGUACUGGUGAUAUUUUGGAAAAGUGGCUGAUGGUUCAAAAUCUUUGGAUAUAUUUGGAAGCAGUUUUUGUAGGCGGCGACAUUUCAAAACAGUUACCUAUGGAAGCCAAACGUUUUGUAAAUAUCGACAAAAGUUAUGUUAAAAUAAUGAUGAGAGCACGAGAAAUACCUAACGCAGUAGAGUGCUGCACAGGAGAUGAAUCAUUAGCUACAAACUUAAAUUGGUUAUUUGAUCAGCUCGAGACUUGCCAGAAGAGUUUAACAGGCUACUUGGAAUCAAAGCGAUUGUUAUUCCCACGUUUCUUUUUUGUGUCCGAUCCCGUACUCUUAGAGAUAUUAGGUCAAGCAUCAGAUCCUACUUCAAUACAGCCGCACCUCUUAAGUAUAUUUGAUGCAAUUGCUACGGUUGAUUUCCAGGAAAAGGCAGGUGAUAUCAUUGAUGGUAUGAAUUCAUCCAAUCAUGAGAAAGUUAAAUUUGAAAAUACGGUGCAGUGCAUUGGUAGUGUGGAGCUUUGGUUGGGUCGUUUAUUGAAAGAAAUGCAAGAUACUGUAAGAACUAUUCUCGCAGGAAUGGCAGUAAGUUUAAACGAUCCCGAAUUUAACUUUGCAGAGGAAUUUCCCUCUUUUUGUGGGCAAGUAGGUGUUGUUGGAGUACAACUGCUAUGGACAAAGGAUUCAGAGUACGCUUUACGCAAGUGCCGAUCGGAUAAAACAAUUAUGAAACGCACUAAUAACAAGUUCUUAGUUCUGCUUAACUUUUUCAUCGAUCUAACUGUAAGAGAUCUCACUUCACUUGAUCGGAUACGUUUUGAAACUAUGGUUACCAUACACGUACAUCAACGGGAUAUUUUUGAUGAUUUGUGUACACUGCGAAUUAAAUCUGCUGGUGAUUUUGAAUGGCAGAAGCAAGCACGGUUUUAUUAUAACGAAGAUAAUGACGAUUGUAUAGUGGGAAUUACAGAUGUGAAUUUCAUUUAUCAAAACGAAUACUUGGGUGUAACUGAACGACUCGCCAUUACCCCUUUGACUGAUCGCUGCUAUAUUACUCUCGCUCAGGCUGUGGGAAUGUGUAUGGGGGGAGCACCGGCAGGUCCGGCAGGUACAGGAAAAACUGAAACAACCAAAGACAUGGGGCGAGCUUUAGGAAAAUUAGUUGUCGUUUUUAAUUGUUCCGAUCAAAUGGAUUUUCGCGGGUUGGGUCGAAUUUACAAAGGACUUGCUCAAUCUGGUUCGUGGGGAUGCUUUGAUGAAUUUAACCGAAUUGAGUUACCUGUCCUAUCAGUAGCAGCACAACAAAUCUAUAUUGUGCUAACAGCACGGAAGGAAAAACGAGCUUCAUUUAUUUUCUUAGAUGGUGAUGAUGUCUCACUUAAUCCAGAAUUCGGAAUAUUUAUUACGAUGAAUCCUGGUUAUGCUGGACGUCAAGAGCUUCCUGAAAAUCUUAAAAUUAUGUUUCGAACGGUUGCAAUGAUGGUACCUGAUAGGCAGAUUAUUAUUCGAGUUAAAAUGGCGAGUUGUGGAUUCAAAGAAAAUGUUCUGCUCUCCAGAAAAAUGUACACCCUUUAUAAAUUAUGUGAAGAACAACUGUCUAAACAGGUUCAUUACGAUUUUGGUCUACGAAAUAUUCUUUCAGUCUUACGAACACUUGGAUCACAAAAAAGGUCAAAUCCAACUGAUACUGAAGAGACGAUAGUUAUGCGAGUCCUACGUGAUAUGAAUGUUUCAAAACUUAUUGAUGAAGAUGAAGGCCUCUUCGUAUCAUUGGUUGAUGAUAUGUUUCCAGGAAUAAAGCUAACUACAAAUGUAUAUAAGGAAUUGCAAAGAUCGAUUCUAAAGGUAUGUGAAGAAUCGGGGUAUGUUAAUAAUCCUGAGUGGAAUUUAAAAGUAGUCCAACUCUAUGAGACCUCCCUUGUUCGUCAUGGCCUUAUGCUUAUGGGUCCAACGGGAUCUGGAAAAACAAGCUGUACACUUUGUAUGCUUCGUUGUUUUACAAAAAUGGGACGCCCACAUAAAGAAAUGAGAAUGAAUCCCAAAGCGAUAACAGCUCCACAAAUGUUUGGUCGUUUAGAUGUAGCCACUAACGAUUGGACUGAUGGAAUAUUUUCUACACUAUGGCGACGUUCUUUAAAAAUCCCACAUAGUCAAAAUUGCUGGAUUGUACUUGAUGGACCAGUUGAUGCAGUUUGGAUUGAAAACUUAAAUUCGGUACUCGAUGAUAACAAAACACUUACUUUGGCGAAUGGAGAUCGCAUAAAAAUGGCUGCCAAUUCUAAACUAGUUUUUGAGCCAGAUAAUGUCGAUAAUGCAUCUCCAGCAACUGUAAGUCGAGUUGGCAUGGUGUUUACUAGCUCUUCUGUAUUAAGUUGGAAGAUCUAUAUGGAGGCUUGGUUAAUGAAACACAGUGAUGAACAAGAAACUUACAGACGAUGCUAUGAAUCAAUAUAUGAUGACGCGCAUACGUUUUUGCAAACUAAACUUGUAGCUAAAAUGCGAAUAUUAGAAGCAAUUUAUAUUCGACAGAUGCUGGAUAUUAUGGAUGGCCUUUUAAUGGAAAUAAGCGCUCGUAGCGAGAGAGCUCUUGAACGCAUAUUUUUGUUUUCAAUGAUGUGGUCCCUGGGCGCUGUUCUAGAAUUAGCCGAACGUGAAAAGUUUGAAGAAUAUCUUGUCAAACAUCCAUCAAAAAUGCUGUGGCCCAAACGUGGAUUGAAUGAGACUAUUUUUGAAUAUUAUGUAGACGACAAUGGAAGUUGGCAACACUGGAAUACACGUGUCGAUCAGUUUAAUUUCCCAGAAGAUGAAGUCCCAGAAUUUUCAUCAAUCUUAAUACCAAAUGUUGAUAAUGUACGCACUGCUUUUCUCAUACAUAAUAGUGCAAAACAGCUUAAGCAAGUGCUUCUUAUUGGGGAGCAGGGAACAGCUAAGACAGUAAUGAUAACUGCUUAUAUGGGGCGUUACGAUCCCGAAGAACACUUAUCAAAAGCAAUUAAUUUUUCGUCGGCAACGUCUCCAAAUAUGUUUCAAGUAAGUAUAGCAUAU